CAGUAAGUGCAUACAUUCUCUAGAUCAUCUUCCCUUACCUCCAUCAACUUCAAAAUGGACGAGACUCACUCUUCGUCCCAGAAUGCAAGCGAAGAGACCGUGACCGAGAAAAAUGAAUUCAUGGUUCCAAUGAUGCCUAAAAGUGAAAAGAAGUGGUUCAAAAACGUUUAGUUACCCGAAUUUCGUACCCAACUGUGGGAAGAAAUGUACUGGUUUAGUGGGUCGGCAGAACUAAAGUUGAAGCAAUUGCUCAUCGAUCCGGAUCAUUUCAUUGGACCUGAAUUGAAUCCGACUUUACGAUGGGGCUCGGGUGACAACAUCGAAAUCCGCUGGGAAGGGGCUGCUGGUGAGGCCAAGACUCAUCUUCUAGUGGUCGAUCUUGAUAAUUGCAGCUUUCUGCAUUCAAGUAGACCGCGAAGCAUAUUACUUGGAAAUUUGCACAGGGUAGUACAAUUUGGUUUUCCUGACGAAAGCGAAAGCGUUCAUCGUAUCAGGGAGUAUUUGACAAACACACUCGGUCAAAGUUGCGCUCCAGGAGGAAAGCAUAUCAUGUUCGAAGCCCUUCCGGAACAAGAGAAGAUUUGGCUCGACUUUCGUAGACGGCUGAUGACACUGAAUGAUAAACUGAAAGACAUUUCGGAUGCACAUGCAGAGAGAAUCGAAAAUUGUUUUAACAUGCUCAAGCUCAAGGCCAAGACAAUGACUGCAUGCGAAUCCGAAUCAAGUUCUUCCACAGUGAAGACUGAAACAACACAAAUGGACUUUGAGUACAUUUGAAUUCGUUGAUGAAGAUAUGUUGAACUUUAAUUGUACAUUACGAAUCCUCAAG